CAGAAAUCAAAUUCAGAAAAUAUUCAGAAUUCAUCAUCAAGAUGCGUUUUUGUUUGCAAAAUCUCAUAAGGGUCACUCUGUUCUUCAUCUUCACCAUAAACUCACCUUCCCUUUCAGCUCCUUUCUUGCCUAUAAACAAUGUAACUCUUUAUGGCGAUGCUUCAUUCACCGCAAAAUCAAUCACCCUCACCCAAGAGCGCAACUGUUCAUCAUCAUCAUCAACACCUCCCAUUUCUGGCAUUGGAAGAGCUUUCUACACAUACCCAGUUCGUUUUCUUGAUUCCUUAACCAAUAAAACUGCUUCUUUCUUGUGUACUUUCUCUUUUACUAUACUUCCAACCCCUUCUUGCCCUUUUGGUGAUGGCAUGGCGUUUUUGGUCACUUCUGAUGUUGAUUCUUUGAGCAUCUCUGAUGGGUAUAUGGGUCUUCCGAAUCCCGACUCGGAAGAUUCGUUCUUGGCUGUGGAAUUCAAUGCCAAUGAUAACCGUAUUGGUGUUGAUACUAAAGAAAUUAGGUCUUUGGCUUCUACUAAUGUUGAUUCAGCUGGGAUUGAUUUGAAAAGUGGGAAAGAAAUGGCGGGUCGGAUUGAGUAUAAAGAUUCAGAGAAAAUGAUCAGAGUUUGGAUUGGGUAUGAACUGCAAAUUAGGCCUCCUAAUCCUGUUCUUUCUACCAGAAUUGAUGUUUCCAAUCAGUUGAAGGAGUUUAUGAGGAUUGGUUUCACUGCUAAAGGGUCUGCAGUUUAUAGCAUUAGUCGUUGGAGAUUUAGAACGUUUGGAUUGAUUUCAUCUCCAAUAUCAUCGUCUUGGGAUCAAUCCGAUGAAGGAAACUGUUUGAUGUGUUUCCCUGAGGAGGAAAUUGGUGGGCAUAUUUCUGAUUCUCAUCAUAGUAGUAGUAGUAGUGGUAGUAAAAGUUUACUGAAAUUGACUUAUGGAGGGUUAGCUGCAAUUGUCACACUUGUUGGUUGUGCUUUGUCUGUUGUGUUUGUUCUUGCGUUGAGAAGGAAAAAACGCGAUAGAGUAGGGGAGACCAAUGAACGGCAAAUGUGUAGAUUACAAGGAAAUAGAGUGCCUCAAAGAUUGUCAUUAUCUGAAAUAAAAUCAGCUACAGAAUGUUUUAAUCAUGAAAGGAUAAUCGGAGAAGGAGCAUCUGCUGUUGUGUAUGAAGGGGAAAUUCCUUCUAGGGGAUCUGUGGCUGUUAAGAGAUUUGGCCAAGGGAGUAGAUUGGGUCCUUCACAUAUUCCUUUUAAUACUGAAUUUGCUUCUAUGGUUGGCUGUUUAAGACACAAGAAUUUGAUUCAGCUUCAAGGGUGGUGUUGUGAGAGGAAUGAAUUGGUGCUAGUGUAUGAAUUCAUGCCUAAUGGUAGCCUUGACAAAAUCCUCCACGAGCGAUCGCAUUUGACUAAGUUUCUGACAUGGGAGAGAAGAUUGAACAUAGUUAUUGGUGUGUCAUCUGCUCUUAUGUAUCUUCAUGAAGAGUGUGAGAAUCAUAUAAUCCACAGAGAUGUGAAGAGUUGCAAUAUAAUGCUUGAUGCUGAGUUCAAUGCCAAGCUUGGAGAUUUCGGUUUAGCAGAGGUGUUUGAUAAUUCUAAGACAAGGGAUGCUACUGUACCAGCUGGAACAAUGGGAUAUUUUGCACCUGAGUAUGUCUAUACUGGUAUUCCAACUGUUAAAACAGAUGUGUAUAGCUUUGGUGUUGUGGUACUGGAAGUGGCAUCAGGUAGAAAGCCUAUCGACGAAGGUGGUGGUUUGAUUACUGAUUGGGUGUGGGACUUGUGGGAGAAAGGGAGGAUAACUGAGGCUGCUGAUCCUAAACUAAUGGGGCGGUUUCAGAAGAACGAGAUGGAUAGAAUGCUCAUCGUGGGACUUUCUUGUGUGCAUCCCGAUCAUGAGAAGAGACCGCGAAUGAGAGAUGUUUUCCGUAUGCUUAAAGAUGAAGCUCCACUUCUCAUUUUACCUCCAAUGAAGCCCACUGUGAGAAUUCAAUCUGUUUUACCAGAGAGCUGUGAAGAAAUCAUGAAUUGGGCUGCAAGAAUGGAGGAUACACCAUGGUCCACUCCUAGAACUCAUUUUAGCAAGAACUAGC